AGAGCUUGUUGAGCGCGCGCUGGAAGCUUCUUCAACCAACUGGCUAUCGAUGUGAGCUUGCUCAGCGCUAUUCCCACCGCAACAUUAGAAAGGUCAAGGCCAAUCCAUCAAUAUGGUUGGAAAAGUCAGCGAAAGAGUCCUCCUGCGGGAAGGUCUUGAGAGAACUGACAAUGGCAUGAAGCUGACGACAUGGCCUGACGUCACCCCGAUUAAUCAGAAAAACUAUUAUACUGAUUACAUGAAGCGCGAUGACCAAAUCCUCGCCCUCCGCCUCCAGAGCGAUGCCACCCGAGAUCGACUAGUACAAAGUGCUCGAGACCGAGAUCGCGCUCUAUCCAAGAAUGCCAAUGGGGAGCUACCACUUCCUGUCGCAGAUCUUCCUGAUGAAGAUGGUGCUACAACACCUUCGGCUGGCCUGGAUCCCUCAAGGGUCAUUGUGAUCCACCCCGGCAGUCAAAAUCUUCGAAUAGGCUUUGCGAGCGACGCCCUCCCCAAGACAAUUCCGAUGACACUAGCGACCAAGUUUCCCCAGACCGAAUCCGAGAUGUACGAGGCCCUACCACGACGACAGUUCGAGGCCAAGACCCCCGACCAACAGUACGGCGAAGAGUGGUCAAAGAAAUACAACAAGAUGUGCAACGACCUCAAGGUCGAGAUGCGAGCCAAUAAGCGCAAAGUCUUGCCCAACUCGAAGGAACUUGUUCAGACUUUCAACCGCCGUACAGAACCCGAAGUUAUCCAGAAGCACAACGACCCCCUUGAGAUCGAAUGGACUGAUAUCGAAACGCUUGAUGACCCCGACUCAUUAGCUUCGUGCUUUAUUGGACACCAAGCGGAGCGUGUUCCCGACGACUCGAAUCCCAAAUUCAAACUUUGGUGGCCUAUACAAUAUGGACAGUGGAACGAAGAUGGGUAUACAAGUCAGGAGCAUAUGUAUGAUGAUUUUGAAACAUUACUCGAUAAGGCAUUGAGGCAAGAACUCGGACUGAAGACAAACAGCGAAUGGCAACAGUACAGCUGCGUUUUUGUCAUUCCCGACUUGUACGACAAGAAAUACGUGGAGCAAGUCCUGCGAUCGUGCAUGACCUGGUUCGAAUUCUCUAGGGUGUGUUUCGUCCAGGAAGGAAUGGCAGCAACUUUUGGUGCCGGAUACACACAAGCCUGUGUUGUCGAUGUGGGAGCUCAGAAGACAGCCGUUACCUGUGUGGAAGACGGUCUUGUCAUCGAGGAUUCAAGGAUCAACCUGAAAUACGGAGGCUACGAUAUCACGGAUACAUUCCUCAAAAUGAUGCUUUACGACAACUUUCCUUACCAGGACAUGAACCUGCGACGACGAUACGAUUUCCUUCUUGCCGAAGAGCUGAAAAUUAAGCACUGCACCAUGUCGCAAGCGGAUAUCUCUGUCCAACUCUUCAACUUCCAUGUCCGGGCUCCUAACCAACCAACACGGAAAUACGCUUUCAAGACAUACGAUGAGGUCAUUCUUGCUCCGAUGGGAGUGUAUGACCCAGCCAUCUUCGACAACAGCACCAAGUUAAGGGGACGGCGUAAGCUGGUUGAGAGAUCUUACAACGCCUACGAUGUUGAUAUUCCAGACGAUCCCACAUCUGCCGCCCAAUUAGCGAUUCUAGCACUCGUCCAGCCGUCAAUAACAUCCAAUGCCAAUGGAUUCACGCUGACACAGCCCGAUAUCUCAACGCCUAUCAAGGAGAACAAACAAUUCAACUUCCUUGGAGCAAAGGAGGGUAUGACUAACGGAACUCCCAUGGGUUCUCAUGCCGGAUCUCCUGCACCGGAGGGCGCAAAUACGCCGCUUCCAUAUGUCUUCGGUAGGGAUAGGGAGGGCGUAAACGGAGGUAGCCCAGCGCCCAAUGGUUCUCGUGCUGGAGGCACUCCUAAUCCUGGACAAACACAACCACCAGCAGGCAUGUUUGUCGAUGCUGCUACCCGAACCGCCAAAUCCAUGGCCGCUGAGCGAGACGCCGUGCUACCGGUCGCUCCUCUCGACAUUGCAAUUCUCACAAGUAUUCAGAACGCCGCUAAGGGCGAUGAGAAGAAGCUUCGAGACUUACUUGGAAGUAUCAUGGUCAUUGGUGGUGGCGCCAAGAUCCCUCACUUUACGGUUGUCCUAGAGGAGAAGAUCAAGGCCCGACGGCCCGAACUGAGCGAUCGAAUCCUCGUGAGUCGAAGUGCGAGAGAUAUGGACGAACAAGUGGUCACCUGGAAGGGUGCCAGUGUGUUUGCUAAGCUGUCGACCAACGACUCAUGGAUUACGCCUUUCGAAUUCGAGAGGCUAGGUGCCAGGACUCUUCACCACAAGGUGCUCUGGGCCUGCUCUGUUUCUUUUGUUAUUACCGACCUGAUUGGGCAGAAGGAGGGCGUUGGCGAUGUCGUGGGAACUCUUGGCUUCGUCGAUGAGCUCGUUGCGCUUGUCGCUUGUCCAGGAUGGGGUCUUGUGUCGGAUCGUCUGGGUGUUAGAUGGGUUGCUGUCAUUGGAUACGCGAUAAUUGGUCUCUCGCUGGCUCUGUUUGUGCAGGCGAAGACUGUGUAUCCCCAAUUGUUGCUGGCUCGCGUGUUAUUCGCAAUCGGCGCAUCUGCAGCGGCCACAAUGGUAACUGCGAUACUCCCAUCUUUGACGGACGAUAGCAAUAACGAGGAGGAUGAAGCUCAAACUAGAAUUAAAGCUCUCCAGAAUGCGACAGCCCGAAGCAGUAUUGCCUUCUCUGUCGAAUCCGAAGCGACAAUCACCCAGGAACGAUACACGCAGUCUAUUUCUGAGCCGAGCACAACGGAUACCGCCGAUACUGCGGCAGGAAGACCAUCCAAACUAGCGGGAUUCGUUGGACUGUUUACUGGAUGCGGUGCGCUUGUCGCACUGACGCUGUUCCUCCCACUCCCGGCGCGAUUUGGCGAGAAUAAAGGUACUACCCCCGCUGAAGCGGUAUCGUAUAGCUUCUACGUUGUUGCGGCUGUCGCAUUGGCCGUGUCUAUCUUUGUUGCGAUCGGUCUGCGCAACAUCAAAGGUGAGGAGGGUAAGGGUUGGAGAAUGCUCUUCGGACUGAAGAACGAUGACGAAUCGAGUGAUGGAAACGGCCGUGAGCGACGUAAGCUUGCGCCGUAUCUCCACCUCAUGAAAGACUCGGUCUUCCUUGGCUUCGUUGAUUCACGAAUCGGACUUGGCUAUGUUGGCGGUUUUGUUGCCCGAGCUUCAAGCGUUGCUAUCUCACUCUUCAUCCCUUUGUACGUCAACACGUUUUACAUCAGCAACGGUUUCUGCAAAGGCUCGCCUCACGAUUCGUCGCCCGAACUCAAGGAGGAGUGCAGAGCUGCAUACGUCCUGUCUUCCAUCCUUACUGGUGUGGCGCAACUCAUGGGCCUCAUUUGCGCUCCUAUCUUCGGAUACCUUGCCAGUCGAACUGGUCGCAUCAACUACCCCAUCGUCGUCUCGACCGUUUUUGGUAUCGUAGGCUACAUCGCCCUUCCGCAACUCUCCAGUCCUGAAAUCAAGGACGUAGACGGCCGAGGCGGUAGUCCCGCAAUCUUCUUUAUUGUUUCACUUCUUGGUAUCAGCCAGAUCGGCGCUAUCGUUUGCAGUCUUGGUUCUCUUGGCCGUGGAGUUCUCGCAGUUGAGCUGCCUCGAACCGCCCGCCCCGAAAGCCUGCUCCAGCCAGAGGAGUACGAAUCAGCCAACGAUGAGAGCCGACCUCUCAUUAGCAUUACGACGGACCAAGAGUCAGUCUCUCGUAUCCGCCUUAAAGGCUCUAUUGCAGGCGUUUAUUCUUUGUAUGGUGGCUUUGCCAUCUUGCUACUUACUAAGCUAGGGGGCUUUCUCUUUGACAAACUCUCCAACGGGGCGCCUUUCUACAUGAUGGCCAUUUUUAACGCUGUUUUGCUGGCAUUCUCUCUUGGAAUGGAUGCUUCGCACACAUUUUCACAUCGGGUGUAAGAUAUUGUAGCGUCUUUGUCUUCUUGCAACUAGAUACGAAAUAAAUGAAAAGCGUUCUUUUCCCCUUUCAUUAGAUCUUACUGGGGACACCGGUCUAGUGUUAUUAUCAUAGCAAAACAUCACUUACUUAAAGAAGAAACAUUGAUAUGAGGCGUAUACAAAUUUAUUGGGACUGCUAUCCUUGACCGUACCAGAUACC